GAGGCUUAAUGAGCGUCGUAGGCCCGGUGGCGCAGGAAGGCUGAUCGACGGCUCGGGUGAGUGGCGAGUGCUCUCGUUUGGAUCGGUGACACUGAUCGGGGCUGGUUUGCUUUUUCCCGGGUGAAACCUGCAACCGGCCAUAGAAUAGAAUCUGGGAACAUGGAAACUAUAGCUGCUAAUCCUCCUGGAGGAUCAAAUGGCUUGGAAGAACCCAAGAAGAUGACAAGAGAAGAUUGGAGAAAGAAGAAGGAAUUGGAAGAACAACGAAAACUGGGAAAUGCACCAGCUGAAGUCGAUGAAGAAGGAAAAGACAUCAAUCCUCAUAUUCCCCAGUAUAUUUCCUCAGUACCAUGGUAUAUAGAUCCUUCAAAAAGGCCUACACUGAAACAUCAGAGACCUCAACCAGAGAAACAAGAAGAAUUUACAUUACUAGGAGAAUGGUAUAAGCGAGGAGUUAAAGAGAAUGCUGUUGCAACCAAAUACCGUAAAGGUGCUUGUGAGAACUGUGGUGCAUUGACUCAUAAGAAGAAAGAUUGCCUAGAGAGACCUAGAAAAGUUGGAGCAAAAUUUACAGGAACUAACAUUGCACCAGAUGAGCACAUGCAGCCUCAAUUGAUGUUUGACUAUGAUGGGAAAAGAGACCGUUGGAAUGGUUAUAACCCAGAGGAGCAUAUGAAGAUUGUAGAAGAAUAUUCGAAGGUUGAUCUAGCUAAACGCACACUCAAAGCUCAGAAACUGCAGGAAGAACUGGCUUCAGGAAAACUGACAGAGCAAGUGAAUUCUUCACGUCAUCGAUGGGGAGAAGAGGAACUAAAUUUACAAACGGAAAGAGAUCAUAACAGUGAAGAUGAAGACGAAGACAAAUAUGCAGAUGACAUUGAUAUGCCUGGACAGAAUUUUGACUCCAAAAGACGCAUUACAGUCCGAAACUUGCGUAUUCGAGAGGAUAUUGCCAAAUACCUACGGAAUCUAGACCCCAAUUCUGCCUACUAUGAUCCUAAAACCAGAGCAAUGAGGGAGAAUCCUUAUGCUAAUGCAGGAAAGAAUCCAGAUGAAGUCAGUUAUGCAGGAGAUAACUUUGUACGUUACACGGGGGCCACCAUUUCCAUGGCCCAAACUCAGUUAUUCGCCUGGGAGGCCUAUGAAAAAGGCUCUGAAGUUCAUCUUCAAGCAGAUCCUACAAAACUUGAACUCUUGUACAAAUCUUUCAAAGUGAAAAAAGAAGACUUUAAACAUCAGCAGAAAGAAAGCAUCUUAGAGAAGUAUGGAGGCGAAGAACAUCUGGAUGCCCCACCAUCUGAACUGUUACUUGCUCAGACAGAAGACUAUGUGGAGUAUUCUAGACAUGGAACAGUUAUUAAAGGUCAAGAGAAGGCUGUUGCUCGCUCCAAGUAUGAGGAGGAUGUAAUGAUCAACAACCACACAUGUAUUUGGGGUUCUUACUGGAAAGAAGGAAGAUGGGGAUAUAAAUGCUGCUACUCAUUUGUCAAGUUUUCGUAUUGUACAGGAGAAGCUGGAAAGGAAAUUGCUAAUGCCAGUGAAGAAUUGCCAAGUGAGGUGCAUGAGGAUGAGCAGUUAACCAAACCCAAAACUCUAAUGGAGAUACACCAACAAAAACAAAAGGAAGAAAAGAAGAAGAAAAAGAAAAAGCAUAAGAAGAGUACAAGUUCUGAUAGUGAGGGAGAAGACAGAAAGAAACAAGAAAAACUGAAAAAGGCACUGAAUGCAGAAGAAGCCCGUCUCCUUCAUGUGAAAGAAAUCAUGCAAUUAGAUGAGAGAAAGAGACCAUAUAAUAGCAUGUACGAAAACCGAGAACCAACAGAGGAGGAAAUGGAAGCUUACCAAAUGAAGCGCCAGCGACCAGAUGACCCCAUGGCCUCUUUUCUGGGACAGUAGUUUUGGGCAAAAGACUUGCAAGCUCAUAGGACUUGUAUAUAGGUGUCUAAACAGAUCAAUGUUGUAUGUGUGUCACUUUCCCUAAGCAAGUUAUCAACUGAUGUCCUGUUCUUUCGCAUCAUACUUACAUAUGGCCCACCCAGCCUAGAGCUCUCUGAGCAGAAAAAAAGUUUUUUGUUGAGCAGGUUUGCUCAAGUCCUUGUAAAUUAUAAUGCUGAAUGAAUUUCUGAAUUUUAAAAAAAACUAUAUUGAUGAGAAGAGUCAGUAGAUAUUGCAAACAUCAAACUGCACACAAUUGAUAGUCUGUUUCAAAAAUACAUAAUUGUUUACUUCCCUGAAUAGAUUAAAGCUGACUUUGAGGAAAACUAUCUGAAUCUUAAUAGAAUUGCACAAUUCUGAAAUGGUUUUCAGUUUCUCAGCAGAAUUUAUUUUAGCAUUCCAGCUAUUAAAUUCUGGUUAUAAUAUUUCAUUUCUAAUAGGGUACAUUAUUCUGUCACAUUUAAAGAUUCUAUUUUCCUAUAGACAUCUGUGGACUCCUGGGCCUUUUGUUUUAUAUCAAUCUGCCUGUAACUUGUUGAUCAUAUUGGCCUGGAAUUUUAAGGGUUCAAAUUCUUAUCAAUAUGGAAAUGCUUUAAUCCUGAUUUUUUAACAAAAAUGUUGAGUCUUGUAGUAACAAAGGCUAGUUCAUUAAUGUAACAUACGCCUGGAUUUGACUAAUGAGUCAAACUGAGGAGCUCAAAUUGGAAGGAGAUUUUGCCACGCUGACAUGGCAAGUCAGAAGUUAGUGAAAUGCAGAGUACGGUCCAACAUUAAUACAUAAUGCUCAAUUGAGAAAUAUAAUGGAUAUUUAUAUUAGUUGUGUAAUUGCCAAACUUCCUGGCUUUAGUAUUUAAUUGUAGAAGAAAAAAGUCAUUUUGAAGUAAUUCUAAAUGAAUAGAAUCAACUUGGCAAUAUACAUUAGAUUAAUAAUUUCUCCCUGGAUAGUGGGACAUUCCUACAGGUGCUUAUUAUUGCUGUUUUUAUAUGCCUGUCCUUUUGGCCAAAGUUAUUCCUCUGGUUGUAAUAGAAGGGCAUUGCUGGAAAGUAAUUAUAUACCUUAUAUACAGAUAAGAAUGCAAUUGGACCCUCAAAAAGAACAUGCAGAAAAUAAUACAGAAUAUUUUGACAUUGUAAUUGUA